UCUUUCUCUCUCACUCAUCUUCUUUACUCUCUCUCUCUGUCUUUCUCUCUCUACAGACACCGACUGGAGAUGGCGUCGAUCUUUCGAGACCGGUCACUCGGACUCGGCCAUUCUAAAAGAAAUUCAUUUUCUUCCGCCACCACCGCCACGGCCGCCAACGUGUCACCGUCCUCCGCCACCUCCAGCUUCGCUGCACCCAUAACUUCUUUCCCAGAUGCACUCCCUUGCCCCUUCGGGGACGUUACUCUCUCCGCUACCGACCUACGCGCUUCCGCUUAUGAGAUCUUCCUCGCAUCCACCCGCUCAUCCUCUUCCAAACCCCUCACCUACACUUCCAACAGUUUGAGCAACAAUAACAGUUUUAGUUGCGGCGAUGGUAAUUCCUCGUUGAGUAAUGGUAAUAAUUCGAAUAAUUCGUCUUCGUCAUUGCAGAGGUCAUUGACAUCGACAGCGGCAUCGAAGAUGAAAAAGGCGUUGGGGCUGAGAUCCAGCUCGAAGCGGGGAUCUGAUGGCGGCAGUCCGCAAAGUUCCGGUUCGGGAGGGAAAACUAAGAAGCCAGUGACUAUAGGGGAGCUAAUGAGAGUCCAGAUGCGGGUUUCUGACGCCAUGGAUUCGAGGAUUCGAAGAGGUUUAUUGAGGAUUUCUGCUGGGCAGGUUGGGAGAAGAAUAGAGUCCAUGGUUCUUCCACUAGAGCUAUUACAACAAUUCAAAUCUUCAGAUUUUACUGAUCAAGAAGAAUAUCAAGCAUGGCAGAAGAGAAACCUUAAAAUGCUCGAGGCUGGACUCCUUUUACAUCCACACAUGCCACUAGAUAAGGUCAAUACUGUUGGUCAACGACUUCGCCAAAUUAUUCAAUCAGCAUUAGAGAGGCCAUUGGAAACUGGGAGGAACAACGAAUCAAUGCAAGUCCUUCGCACUACAGUAAUGGCACUUGCUAGCAGAUCAUCUGAUGGAUCUCUGUUGGAGUCCUGCCAUUGGGCAGAUGGUAUCCCAUUGAAUCUCCGGCUCUAUGAAAUGCUUCUAGAAGCUUGCUUUGAUAUUAAUGAUGAAACUUCCAUUAUAGAUGAAGUUGAUGAGCUUAUGGAACUCAUUAAGAAAACUUGGGGGAUCCUAGGACUGAAUCAAAUGCUACACAAUCUUUGCUUUACAUGGGUUCUGUUCAACCGAUAUGUUGCUACUGGGCAGGUUGAAAACGAUCUGCUAGAUGCUGCUGACAAUCAGCUUGCUGAAGUUGCAAAAGAUGCAAAGGUGACGAAGGAUCCUGUUUACUCUAAGAUCUUGAGCUCAACAUUGACUGCCAUUUUGGGUUGGGCUGAGAAAAGGCUCCUGGCAUAUCAUGAAACUUUUGAUAGUGGAAAAAUUGAUUCCAUGCAAAGCAUUGUUUCUAUUGGGGUAUCAGCUGCCAAAAUCUUAGUUGAAGAUAUAUCGAAUGAGUAUCGUCGAAGAAGAAAAAAUGAAACUGAUGUGGUACGCAGCAGGAUUGAAACUUACAUCAGGUCUUCACUCCGCACUGCAUUUGCUCAGAGAAUGGAGAAAGCAGAUUCAAGCAGAAGAUCAUCAAGGAAUCAGCUGAAUUCCCUUCCUGUCCUUGCUAUCCUUGCAAAGGAUGUUGGGGAUCUUGCAAUGAAAGAAAAUGAUAUAUUCAGUCCUAUCUUGAAGAGAUGGCACCCUUUUGCAGCAGGUGUUGCUGUUGCCACACUACAUGCUUGCUAUGGGAAUGAGCUGAAGCAAUUUAUUGCAGGUAUAACAGAGCUGACACCAGAUGCUGUACAAAUACUGAGAGCUGCUGACAAAUUGGAAAAAGAUCUUGUCAAUAUUGCUGUUGAAGAUUCAGUGGAUAGUGAUGAUGGUGGGAAGGCCAUCAUUCGUGAGAUGCCUCCUUAUGAAGCUGAAGGUGCAAUAGCCAACAUGGUUAAAGUUUGGAUAAAGACGAGAAUAGACAGGCUGAAGGAAUGGGUUGAAAGAACUCUUCAACAAGAGGUUUGGAGCCCACAAGCUGAUCAAGAAGGAUGUGCACCUUCAGCUAUCGAGGUUUUACGACUAGUUGACGAAACUUUGGAUGCAUACUUUCAGCUGCCAAUACCACUUCAUCCAGCAUUACUCCCUGACUUGAUGACCGGUCUGGAUAAAUGUCUUCAAUUUUAUGUAACUAAGGCAAAGUCUGGCUGUGGAUCAAGGAACACUUAUAUUCCCACCAUGCCAGCAUUAACAAGGUGUACCGUGGGGACAAAAUUUCAAUGGAAGAAGAAAGAAAAAGCAGUGAAUUCCCACAGAAGGAAUCCUCAGGUUGCUACAAUGAAUGGAGAUAGCUCUUUUGGGGUACCACAGGCAUGUGUGCGGAUAAAUACUUUGCACAAAAUACGGAUGGAGUUGGAGGUUGUUGAGAAACGAAUAAUAACUCUAUUACGGAAUUCUGAAUCUGCCCAAGUAGAAGACUUUUCGAAUGGUUUAGGAAAAAAGUUUGAGCUUACACCAGCUGCUUGUGUCGAAGCUAUCCAACAACUCUGCGAGGCGGUUGCCUAUAAAAUUGUCUUCCAUGAUCUUAGUCAUGCUCUAUGGGAUAGUUUGUAUGUUGGCGAGCUUUCUUCUUCUAGAAUUGAACCUUUCCUCCAGGACCUCGAGCGGAAUCUUACAGUUAUCUCUGAUACCAUUCAUGAAAGAGUUCGUACACGUAUCAUUGCUGACAUAAUGAGAGCCUCCUUUGAUGGUUUCUUGUUCGUUUUGCUUGCUGGAGGGCCCUUGCGUGCAUUUUCUCGCCAAGACUCGCAGAUUAUAGAGGACGACUUCAAGUCCCUCAAGGAUCUAUUCUGGGCAAACGGCGAUGGGUUGCCUGCUGAUGUGAUUGAUAAUUUCUCGUCCACAGCAAGAGACGUUCUUCCACUCUUUCGUACAGAUACAGAGAGCCUCAUUGAGCGAUUCAGACGCUUGACUUUGGAAACAUAUGGCUCUUCUGCAAAAUCUCGACUCCCGUUACCCCCAACCUCUGGGCGGUGGAAUCCGACUGAACCAAACACACUGUUGCGAGUUCUGUGUUAUAGGCACGACGAAGCUGCUUCAAAGUUUCUUAAGAAGGCUUAUAACCUGCCAAAGAAGCUGUAAAAACUCGAGAUGUGAUGCCAAAUGAUGAGAGGGGAUUCACUUCCAGACGAGAGUGAACCUUCUCAUCGUCCGGUUGGUAUUAGCUGCAACCUUUAGCCUGAGCUUAACCUACUUGGAGAACCAUAGGCAGUGCCAUUUUUGUACAGUAAAUUUUGUGAAGGUUUUGGUAUGUUGAUUCCAUCUCUUGCAUUUGCUAGUACGGCAAUUUGUGGAACAUCUGAAGGAAGGCUUGCUUGCAAAGGAAUGAUGGGAUAUGUCGUAUUAUU